AUGCCUAGAGGACGACGUGCGAACAUCGGCCGCCGCACAAGACAUGCAAGCCAGCAACAAGUAUAUUGGACCAAUGACGACUCUAUGCCGAUAUUGCAAUGUGUUAAAGUUCAAAAGAGAAACGGCUGGAUUGUGCUGCGCAAGUGGAAAAAUCAAACUGGAUCCAUUACUUACACCACACAGCCACUGAAACCAUUGUUCGAUGGAAGUGAUCCCGAUUCCAGCCAUUUUCUUCAACACAUCCUUGAAUACAAUAACUGCUUUCGCAUGUCUUCCUUUGGAGCUAAUAUCAUUCGAGAAGGCGACUUCAUGCCGACUUGCAAGAUACAAGGACAAAUAUAUCAUUUGCAUGGUUCAAUGGUACCAACACCAGAUGAACCGCAUCAAUUUCUGCAAAUAUAUUUCAUUUCGUCGAUGGUGGAUCAGCUGAAAGUGCGGUGCAAUAUAGGGAACACAACAGUUAAAGAGACGAAUUAUUAA